GGGGUUUGUUUUGAGAGCGGACCGGAGAGAGAAGACUCACCAGGGAAGAUGGCGACCGCAGGGUCUGCCGAACGGCCUGGGAGACCGGCCAGCGCCACGGCCGCCGGCACGUCCCGGGCCGGGCUCGCAGCUCGGUGCCGGUCCGGGUCCAGUCCACCCGAGUACGAAUCCAAGAAGUGCAUGGCGUGCGCGGAGCCCGGUGGCAGCCCGGCCGGCGGACACCUGGCCUGUCCGCUGUGCCUGGCCCGCAGACACUCCGGCAGCGAGGAGCGGCUCCGCGGGAGGAGCGACCACGAGAGUAGCAGCAGUAGGCCGGGCGGGAGGGACUGCGACAGCCGGAGAGAGUUCUUCGUCUCUCCGGCGCUCAUCCCGAAGUCUGCCGACGCUCCUUCAGGCCCGAGCGGGAAACACAAGCUGCUGCUGUGUGACGACAGAGAGGAGGUGAAGAGGAGGAGCUCUCUGAACUGUAAAGACGAGUCAGUCCGUCGUGAUGAAGAGCCGGGCGUCCUGUCUGACUCCGAGAACGAGGAGCCGAUCAGCAGGAGGAUCCGAAACAUCUCCGCCUUCAUCAGGAAAACCAAAAACUCAUCUGCUGGGAGUUGUCAGAGGAGCAGGAGCUGCACUGAUCCUGUGGAGGACGGAGGAGGAAAGAUGAAAGUUGUCACCCAGCCGGCAGCCGUGAUGGACCGGGUUGGCAUCAGCCACAGCUAUGCGGCAGGAAUCCUCCUCUCCUCUGAGAACAGCCGCUCUAUCUCCGCCCCCAUCACCGCUCCCGAUCGGAGGCUCACCUGGCGAGCUGUGCUGACAUCAUCUUCCUCGGCUCUCCUGUGCAUGCCUCCCCCCCGCCCGGAGCGCUCCAUCAGCCCCGAGAGCAACGACAGCAUCUCAGAGGAGCUCAACCACUUCAAGCCCAUCGUCUGCUCGCCAUGCACGCCACCCAAGCGCCUCCCGGACGGCCGCCUGAUGGAGCCCACCAUCGUGAAGUCCACGCCCCGGAACCUGACCCGCGGCCUGCAGAAGGCCACCAGCUACGAGGCCAGCCCUGCCGUCCUGCAGAAGUGGAGACAGAUCGAGCUGGACCGCCAGAGCCUCAAGGUGAACUCCAAGGCCACGCUGACGAGCCCCGUCUCUGAGGUAAACCACAACAAGCUCGGCAUGGGUGGCGAGGGUGCAAAGACGCGCCAGUCCCCGGCAGGAGACGCGGUGACGUCAGCAAACAAGAGGAGGCUGCUGUUCGACUCUCCGGCCGGCGACACGGACAACUUCCAGAAGCAGUCGGUGAAGAUCCGCGUCCCCGCGAUCCGCUACAGCAGCGAGUCGACCUUCAAGGGAGGCUGUGAGCCGCCGGCCGGCACUCCUGAGUCCUGCAGCACGGGGGCGCUGUUCAGUCGGAAACAGUCGUUCUCGCCCUACACCAAGAACUCCGGGUUGCAGUCCUGUAAGUUAGUGCCAAAGGACUCUCAGAGUCCCAGGAAGGAGUCCGACAGUAGCAUCCACAACCAGACUACCUCACGGAGGGGCAAGAAGAGGAAGCAGAAGACCAAACACCUGGACUCGAGCCGCGACUUGGAUCUGAAGAGGGGCCGGCCCGUCAACCAGGAGGCGCUGGACGAACGGUACAUCUGCCAGAUUCAGCAGGAGCGGCAGGAUCGAGCGCUAGCCCUGAAGCUGCAGAGACAGUUCGACCGCGAGAACCAGAACCGUAGAAGGAGCCCCGACAAGUAUUUCCUGCGGUCCUGGAUGUCCACUCAGAGCCGCAGGAGGCGUGGCCUGAGGAGGUCCAGACGAAUCAACAAGAAGCACUAGACAGACGGGAAGGAUCUCAUAUAUGCAAAGACACGAAAGGCGAAGGUUUAACGAACGUAUGAAUGUUUUCACUUGUCUGACAGACGGGUUUGUAACCUGGAGACGUUUCUUCCAAACACCAGCAGAUCACCAAAAACUGAACCCAGCCUUCAGCUGCAGGACGGCCCGACAGUCAUCACCACAGGAAACGUCCUGGAAGUGUUCGAACUCAGAGGCUUAAUCGGAGCCCUUUUACAGAUCGCAUGACCGAGUCGUUUCUCUGCAGCUGGAACAAAGAAAGCUUUCACAGGUUCAACCAUAAUCACGUGACCUGGGGCAAAGAAUGUUUAUGUUGAGCUUCCAGUUAUAGAUCCAGGGUGGAUGUCAGCCCCAGAGGUCACGAUGUCUGAGCUGAACAUCGCCUCGCAUCCCGACGACGCUGAAGGCGACGGCAGUGUUUAAUCCGUACUUGUGCGCUGCGUUCCAAACACGGCGGCCUGCGCAUCAUCUGAAAAUGAACUGUUGUAAAGGUUCAGAUGAAGGCAGGCUGCACGCUGCCGGGCCGAACGUGACUGUCGGUUCAGUCUGGUGCGCUCCAUGCGAUGAUGAUGAUGAUGAUGAUGUUUAUUAAUAUAGUUCAUUUAAAUCUCACCGGCCUCACAGCGAUCUGAGAGAUCCGAGAGGCCGAGAAAAAUCUAAAAGGAGCUUUAUGGAAAGAAAUGAGAUAAAGGACUUUUCCUUUGCUGUUAGUGUGAGUGUUUGACAGAAAUCUGUCUUUGUAUUUGUGACAGUUUAUGAAGCCCAGUUUGACUAAAAUGGUUAAAAGUGAAUUUUUAUUGGCUCUAAAAGUCUGGGCUGUAGAGGGGAACUCCCGACUGUCAGAACUUUCCAAAAGUCCAAAAUCAUGAUUCGUAUGUAUUUUGGUAGCUCACAGUGUGACACGCGUCUCUUCAUAUCUGAAGUGAUUCACACAUCACUUCCUACCUGACGGUCCCUCUGGGUGUGCAGGUAACCCUCCACCCCUGAAAGCGUGACAUGUACCUGGUAUUACCCUCUGAGGUCGGAAGUGGACAGAAACCUGCAGGAACCCGGAGCACCCACAGUCGCUGUGACGCAGGUUUCUGUCGGCCAGACGGGGGUCAGCAGUACGUCUUUGCCCCGGGCAGGUGCAAGUUACCCCUGGUUUAUCCUCGUGAGAACUUUCCACAGGUUAAUCAAAGUCCAGCCGACCUGCAUGUGUUGGGAAUGCAGGAGAAACCAGAACCCGCUCUAAAUAUAAGGAGGUGUUGAGUCAGACUUCUCCCAGCAGCUGAGGAUCAUGGGACAUAAACUUCCUCUAGUAUAGCUGCUGGUGUCAUCCUGGUCUUCCAGUCUGAAAGUCGGAGCUGCCGAGGCUCGUGGGGACUGCAGUCUUUAGAACCCGAUUGGUCAGGAAGGAUUUCUACCUGAAUUCGGAUCAGGAGACUCACCUGGUCACUCUCAAGGAGCGAGGAGCCGUGUGAUUGGACGAGCUUUAUGGCCUGUGAUGUCAGAUGCUGGUGCGUUCAGACCAAAUGUGAAGUUACUGUGGUCACAGAGCUCUGACUGUGGUACUUUUAAUAAUUAUUGAUUAAUAAAAAUCACGCUGGAGUCAGAGUUAGAACUUCACCUGUGGUCCACAGGAAGCAGGCGAGGCAGGCGGCUGUGGAGCCGACAGCCAUUUAGCAGCGAGGUUAGAGCCCCAUCUCUAUGCAGAGACGAGAGUUCUUCUGUUUCAGACAAACUUCCAUUAUUGGGCCAAGCUGAACCAAUCAGUGAGCGAGUUCAAGCUUUCAGGGACAAAAUCCACCCUGACCCUUCAGCCCUCACGUAAACAUAUUUAAUGCAGAAACCGCCUUCAUGCUGCGAAUACUGUCAGAGUUACAGGAAGUGCGUGAGGUGGGGUCCAAAUCUGGAUCUUUUUAAUGGUUUUGAUCGCUCCGUCAGUGCAGCAGAGGUCCACACGAAGCCUUCAGGCUGAAACCAUGUUUAAGCUGUCAGAAACUGCAGCUCCCUGUCACGCCCCCUGCAGGAGCCUCAGCCCGAGCCUGAAGCUGAGACUGAAGGUGGGCGUGCACGUGCUUGGCCUGAGCUCACCUUCACACUCUGCUUCAGAGUUACAAAGGAGCCGCACGGCUUCUGUUUGCAGGUUGUCUGUGAUGGAUCGGUGAUGCUGUAGCUCCUGUGGGCCGUCCAGAUGUCUGGUUCCUUGACACGUUUUUUUUCUCCAUGCUAAGCUCUGUCAGUGGUUUGCCUGAGUGCAGCGCCACGCUGUGUUCACACUGUGCUCAGAUCAGAGGCAGUCUGAACGACGCUGAGCGCCAGUGGGCCGCUGUUAGAAAAGCCGUACUCACACUGAACCUCAGUGAUGUCAUGAUUCACUCUGGGGGUCGUAUGUAUGAUAGACACUGAAGAAGAUGUGAGGGCGGGGACAAACUGAGGACACGUCCACAAACAUGGAACGUGUUGGUGUAGUUACUCUACCUGAACACCUGUAAAGAAACAAUGAGGUUGGGUGGAGUUAGAACCAGACUGCAGCUCACAGGCUGGAUGUAAAAUAAAGGUGUAGCUCCUUAAACCUGCAUUCUCUCUGAUGUCCAGCAGGGGGUGGCAACUCAAAAAUCUGAGACACUCAUGCUCACCUGCUCACUCACCUGGUCUCUGAGCUCAUUAACACUUUCCUGAUUGGCUGAUCAUCCUUUUGGAGAUGAUGGUCCCGUCAGAGUCACAGGAAGCAGGUUAGGGGUUAGGGCGGGGCUACCUGUGAUUGACAGAUUGCAGUGCUCUCUCUCUCCCUGUCAUGUCUGCCAGCAGCACAAACCCAGGUCCAGUUCAGUGACUGGAGUUACCUGAGGUAAGAGGCCACGCCCCUAAUAAUUGUAUCACUACCUUUAGCUUACAAUAUAAAGUGACUUGAGACGGCUGUUGUUGUGAUUUGGUGCUAAAUAAAUAAAAGUGAAUCGAAUUCAAACCAGGUGAGCUUAAAAUGCAGGUGUCAUGAAGGCAAAUGAUCCACAGAGACCAAACAGUGUGUAUCAGGCUGCAGUCAUGUUCACAUUAACACGGGAGUCUGCUGCCCCUGCUGGACGGUGGAGGAACUGCAGGCUUUGGAGGUGAUUGGUUUAGAUAAAAAUAACAUUCCUGCUGUUUCCUCUUUUUUUUUUUUUCUUUUUACAUUCCUGUGUCCUCAGUGAUUCCUGGCCUUCAUCAUCAUCAUCAUCAGCUGUUAAAGUUUAAUUUGAAGUCUUGAUGGAGCUGAAGGGCUUUUUUUUUUUAAACUCCAUUAAAGAUGUGCACGUUUCUGUUUUGUAUUCUUUGGUGGGUGCAGAGAGUUCAGGUGGGGGUGGGUGGAUGGGGUCAGGGGUCACGCUGAGUGCCAAAUGAGCAGAUGAUGUUGAUCCUUUGUAACUGACUAGUUUUGUAUGAGCGGCUGCUGGAAGAAAAAGUAAAAGAGUUGAA